GACCCAUUAUUUAAAGGCAGAUGGAGGGCAAUUCACACAAAACUCUCCUGCUGACUACAGCUCAAAGACUGUAGCAGAGUAGUCUCAGUGACCUCCAGCAUCUCUGUCCCAACAGGAUGAAAUAUGCACAGUAUGUUUUCCUGGCAUUGCUCUUCUCUGCUGUUGAAUAUAGCCUAGCUCAGACCUGUACAGUGGAGUCUUUCUCUGUGAAAGACAAUUUUGAUCCGAAGAGGUAUGCAGGGAAAUGGUAUGCUCUAGCCAAGAAGGAUCCAGAAGGUCUUUUCCUUCAGGACAAUAUCUCUGCUGAAUACAGCAUUGAGGAAGAUGGCACAAUGACAGCAUCUUCCAAAGGCCGAGUGAAGCUUUUUGGUGGAUGUCAUUACAGGUUCUGGGUGAUUUGUGCUGAUAUGGCUGCUCAGUACACAGUGCCUGACCCAACCACUCCAGCAAAAAUGUAUAUGACAUACCAGGGCCUGGCUAGCUACCUGUCCAGUGGUGGGGACAACUACUGGGUGAUUGACACCGACUAUGAUAACUAUGCUAUUACCUAUGCCUGCCGUAGUCUGAAAGAGGACGGCUCCUGUGAUGAUGGCUACUCCCUGAUCUUCUCACGCAAUCCUCAUGGCCUUCCCCCAGCCAUUCAACGCAUUUUGCAUCAGAAGCAGGAGGAAAUCUGCAUGUCUGGCCAGUUCCAGCCUGUGCUGCAGUCAGGGGCAUGCUAAUAAAUAUACUUCCGGUUCUAUCUUUAAGCACUGAAACCAGACUUCUUGGUCUUGAAGCUGUCAUUCACUUUUAAAAAAGAAAAUCAUAGUUUAAACUAGUGUUUUACUCCUGAAAAACAAGAAAAAGGUUAUGUGUUUGUAACUUGUGUGUAAUACAUUAUUGAUAACUGAAUUUUCAAGGGAAUACCUAAUGAGGCAUUUGUCAAUAAAUGUUUUUUUAAAAAAAUUUCUUCAACUGUUUCUUGUUACAUACAGUAUGCCUCUUUUACCAGCAUUUCUAUUUUAAUUCUGAAGUUAUAAAAACCUGUUGAACAAUAACUCUGAGCUGAGACUGACAAUGUGCUCUUUGCUACAUAUCUUACUAUGCUAUGUUUCUGGUACAUGUUAAUGUCCAAAGAUCUGCACUGAGUAUUUCUAAUCAAAUUAUCGAGCUAGUAUCAUAACUAACUAACUA